CUGGCUCAGGUUUUGUGAAGUUCGACGUCUGCUUUGGACCCAUAAUUUGGAAAAGGGAUCGCCUCUGCGGCACGGUUAAGAGACAGAUAAAGCAGUCCCAGAUGAUGAGCACUUUAAGUAGCACUGGAAUAUUGCUCAGCUUGACAACAGUGUCUGUUACGCUGGAUUUUAGCUUGCAUGGUGGUCUGAUGGCUUGGUCUUUAAGCACCAAUUUGACUCUGAAUCAGAGUUUACCUACAUCCGAUCCUCUCAAUGCCUCUGAGAAGGGUGAAGUCUCUCGGAUGUCAGUGAGAGAGAAGAACUGGCCAGCCCUCUUGAUCUUGGUCAUCAUCCUGCUUACCAUCGGGGGCAACAUACUGGUAAUUAUGGCUGUGUCCUUGGAGAAGAAGUUGCAGAACGCCACAAACUUCUUCCUGAUGUCCUUGGCGGUGGCAGACAUGCUGGUGGGUAUCCUGGUCAUGCCCGUGUCGCUCAUUGCAGUGCUGUAUGAUUAUGCUUGGCCUUUGCCUAAACAGUUGUGCCCUAUAUGGAUUUCCCUAGAUGUGCUCUUUUCAACUGCAUCUAUAAUGCAUCUCUGUGCCAUCUCUCUUGAUCGGUAUGUAGCAAUACGCAAUCCCAUUGAGCACAGCCGCUUCAAUUCCCGCACCAAGGCUAUUAUGAAAAUUGCUGCAGUUUGGACCAUAUCCAUAGGGAUAUCUAUGCCCAUUCCAGUCAUUGGUUUGCAGGAUGACUCCAGAGUGUUCAUCAAUGGGACCUGCGUCCUCAAUGAUGAGAACUUUGUCCUCAUUGGGUCUUUCAUGGCGUUCUUCAUCCCUCUCAUCAUCAUGGUGAUCACAUAUUGCCUGACCGUCCAGGUGCUGCAGAGACAGGCCACAGUGUUCAUGUGUGGAGAGGUGCCCAAGCAGAGGAGAAGCAGCGUGAACUGCCUCAAGAAAGAAAACAACACAGAGCACAUUUCGAUGCUUCACAACCACGAAGGGGCAUCGCAUUUGAACUCUCCUGUGAGUAAGGAGGCAGUGCUUUUUCGGAAAGGAACUAUGCAGUCCAUCAACAAUGAGCGAAGAGCCUCCAAGGUCCUGGGCAUCGUUUUCUUUUUGUUUCUCAUCAUGUGGUGCCCAUUCUUCAUCACCAACGUCAUGUCCGUCCUUUGCAAGGAAGCCUGCGAUAAAGACCUCUUGAGCGAGCUCCUCGACGUGUUUGUUUGGGUGGGGUAUGUUUGCUCAGGGGUUAAUCCCCUCGUAUACACACUCUUCAAUAAAACCUACCGCAGGGCUUUCUCCAGUUAUAUCCGCUGCCAAUACAAGACCAGCAAAAAAUCAGCACUGCGACAGAAUCAGUGCCUGAAUGUUGCUUCGACAGCUUUAUACGGGAAAGAUCUGACUUUAACUAGUUAUCGAAAUGGCAAUGAGCUCAACAGCAUGGAACUAGAUGAAGCUGAGGAGGGCCUUGAAAUGCAACCGGGGACCUCAGAGCUCUCCAUAAACAGCUGUAAUGUUGUGAGCGAAAGAGUGAGCUGUGUGUAAAGGUGGCUCACGCACCUUCGACUACGGGCCAUCUGUGGCCAAAACACAUUGUAUAAAAAUGUAAGCGUUGGUCAAUGGACGAUGUAAAUACUGCAUUCUGAACAAAGAUUUUUUUU